UCAAUUUAUAUACGGACGCCGAGAGCUGCGGUCAGAGACUGAAGAAAAUGCUGAAACGCUUGCAGUUUGUAUGGCAACUGAUAAGUCAAGUCGGCCGAUAAGGAAUCGGUCAAUCAUAUGGUUGGUGUAUGUAUAUCAGUAGUUGAUAAACUGUAGAUAAGGGAGCGGCCAGAUGAGACUAAGAAUCUGGACUUCCAGGUAAUCCCCUCUAAUAUUCACCGCCCUGUCCCCUUAAUAGGUGCUAAUCAAUCAGAGAGAUAUCCAAAAAAAACCCCGCUUGACUCAUCAGCUGUGCGUUGUGUUUAGUUCAUUAUUAUUCCACUGUUCACUGCCGAUCUCAUUCUGCAGCUUAAGCUUACGGAUCGCUCGGAUCGAGUUUUACUCGCUAGCAUCUGGGAGGGCUGCCUUCAGUCGCCGACGAUCUUCCAUUGCGAGCGGUUCGGGGCUUUUGGAGCCAACUAGUAAAUCGGAAAUCCGUAAGCGGUUCUCAACGCGUCCGACUAGCUUAAACUUAAUCCCGACUUGACGGCGAUCUCGAGAGGCAAUUAACGAGCGGUUGACGCAAUCAGAAAUGCAGUGGCUUACAUUAAUUUUGGUGGGGCUUUUCGCCUCGUUCUUAUCAAUAUCAAUGUGCGUGGCUUUGGAACCGCCCGAUGAUGGCAAAUUGCGAGUUUGUAUCGUUGAAUCGCGUGGCGCUUAUCGGAAAACCCCCAAGUUCUGCCCGCUUCUAAAAGCCAAGAGCAACAUCGAGUGCGUCAUCGGCGUGGACCGGCUAGAUUGUGUAAGGCGAAUCCACAAGGGUACUGCCCACUUUGGAGUGCUUACGUCGGAGGAUCUGGUGGCUGCCCGCUGGGCCAGCGUUGAGAUCCUGGUGGCCAGUGAGUUGCGUUCUCAUGAGUCCUUUUUUGAAUACGAAAUUGUCGCUGUUGUGGACAAUCAAGCCAAUAUUCAUACAGUCCAUGAUCUCCGAGGCGCCAAGCUUUGCCAUCCCGGUUACGGUUUGGGCAAUCACUGGACAGAGGUUCUGGCCAAUUACUUUGAAGCAGCCAUGGUUUCCAAGACCUGCGACCCUGAAAUUACUGUCACGGAAGAUCGCAUUGCAUCCUCAGCGAAGUACUUUGGACCCAGUUGCAAGGCAGGUCCCUGGGUGCCUGAUCCCAAGCAGGAUCGCAUAUUAAAAAAACGUUAUCCCUCGCUUUGCGAGAUGUGCUAUGAACCCGAUAGCUGUGACCAAACCGACAAGCACUGGGGACGUCGUGGAGCUCUUUACUGUUUAACCAGUGGAGGCGGCAACGUGGCCUGGGCUCGUCUAGAUGAUGUGCGCAGUCAUUUUGGAUUCUCCGGGAUUGCGGCUCAGGCUAAUCCUUCGGAAUACAGUUACCUCUGCCCUGAUGGUCAUCUGCAGCCGAUGAACGUCUCACAUCCAUGUGUUUGGGUGGCCAAACCGUGGCCCGUGGUGGCUGCACGUCGUACCCAUGCCGCCCAAGUGCAACGUCUGGUAACUGGUCUCAAUCACGACGAACCUGAUAGUUGGCAGAAUGCUCUACUUAGCCUUCUGGAAACAUACCACGUAUUUACAGUUCCGUUGGAUAAUGUGAUAACUAUUGAUGACUAUCUGGAUCAGGCCACUGCCUUCCAGUCAGCCUACAGCUUUCCGGAAUGCAAUCCUCCACGUUCAAUAGUCUUUUGCACUACUUCCAUCAUCCAGCACAUCAAAUGUUCCUGGCUGCAGGAGGCAUCACAAGUUUAUGGUAUCCAACCCAAUAUCCAAUGCGUACGCACCAUGGAUGUGAAACAGUGCUUAGACGAUACCAAGUUCAAAGCUACUGAUGUGGUUUUAGUGGAUCAAGAAAUGCGGGUACAGGCUCAGCGGGACUACAACUUAGUACCACUUCUGUACGAGUUCGCUACGGAUAUGCAUGAUCGGUAUGUGACCAUUGCCUUGGUGCACAAGGAUUCCAAGUUCCAGAACUUUAAAGAUCUCAGGGAAGCCAGAGCCUGUUUGCCUUCGUACGAGGGAGCUUCCCAUUUAUCCGUUCUAGAAACAAUAGUGAAUGCCACAGGCAAGGUGCAUUCGAUGCACUCUUUCUUCGAUCGCGACUCCUGCUUGUGGAAUCCGCAAAAGGGCCGUAAGUGUCCUCUGCAUUAUCAGGGCGACGAGGGUGCCCUGCGUUGCCUUGCCGAGGGUGGUGAUGUGGCCUUCCUUAGCUCAGAUGUAUAUAAGAAGUAUGUGGCUGGUAAUCUCACUUCGGAUUGGCUGGCUCAUGGCAAUCACAAGGACUUCAGGGUAUUGUGCCCCUAUGGAGGCAUCGAAAAACGAUCCAAUUUCGAUUAUUGUUACCUCCAUUGGACCACUCGAGGUCAUCUAAUGACCCACAAUUCCACGUUGACUCGGCGCAAUGAGAUCUACAAUUCUCUACGAGAUAUGGAUCAGUUAUUUGGCAGAAAGUACAAGAGUGAGACGCGUCCUUUUACCCUCUACGGCAGUUUUGACAAGAGAAAUAACGUGCUGUUCCGGGAUGCAACCGAUGGACUGCUGGGCCUUCAAGAACUUCACCGUGAUAAUGCCAGGCGGGUGAUGGAGCAUAUAUACGAUCGGUACGCUAACACACAAUACUAUAGAAACUUUGACGAGAGUGGAGCCACAAAAUCUAGUCAUAGUUUCUGGAUGUUGUUUGUCGGCUUCUUUCUUACACUGCAUCGCCAGUUCACCUAGUCCCAAGCUCAAAUAUAUUCUUAUUUAUUGUGAUAUUACACUAAAACUAAUUUAAGAAUAAAAGUUGUUUUCACCAGACCUUUAUCAACAGAUCAAGGUUUUAAAUUCUUAAAAGGCAGUUGUUUUUAAAUAUUGAGCUAUCGAUAGCACAAUCGAUAACUUCACGUUAUCGAUGCCGAUUAAUAUUUAAUAAUGUAAUAUGGGGUCCUAUAUUAACUAUAUACAUAAUAUAUCUCUAAAUAUAUUGUCAAAAUGCUGCAAAGACAAUAAAUGUGUUUCAAUACAAAA